GGCUCCUAAAAAUAGCCCCGGUGUGGGGAUCCGUGCGCGGAUGUCCCGGCGAGUCCCGGGCUGAAGGAGGCGUCUCCGGGCGGCGCGGAGCGCUGGUGGCGGGCCGGAGCUGCAGCGUGUGUGCGCCCGCCAGCUGCGCCGGAGACACGGAAUCGCAUUUUGUGAAAAAGGAACAAAGAAGAAUUUUCUGCAAGGAUCAUAUCUAAGUGCACUUUUUGUUGAUACAUCAUUUCUAAUCUUACCGAAAAUUUCACCCAUAGCCCUUGGACUAGAAGCUGAAAUAAUAGAAGCUGUGUACGAUGCAUUAGGGUAUUGAAGAAAAUUAAAUUUUGAAUUAAAUAUUUGCAAUAUAAGGAAGGAAAGGUGACUGAAAAUGGGGCGGAAGAAAAUACAAAUCACACGUAUAAUGGAUGAAAGGAACCGACAGGUCACUUUUACAAAGAGAAAGUUUGGACUAAUGAAGAAAGCCUACGAGCUCAGUGUGCUCUGUGACUGUGAAAUAGCCCUGAUCAUUUUCAACAGCUCCAACAAGCUGUUUCAGUACGCCAGCACUGACAUGGACAAAGUGCUCCUCAAGUACACGGAAUACAAUGAGCCUCACGAGAGCAGAACCAACUCGGACAUUGUGGAGGCUCUGAACAAGAAGGAACACAGAGGGUGCGACAGCCCAGACCCCGAUACUUCCUAUGUGCUAACUCCACAUACAGAAGAAAAAUAUAAAAAAAUUAAUGAGGAAUUUGAUAAUAUGAUGCGGAAUCAUAAAAUCGCAGUGAGUACGAAACCUGGUCUGCCACCUCAGAACUUCUCAAUGUCUGUCACAGUCCCUGUGAGCAGCCCAAACGCUUUGUCCUACACUAACCCAGGGAGUUCACUUGUGUCCCAAUCUUUGGCAGCCACCUCGACAUUAGCAGACUCAAGCAUGCUCUCUCCACCUCAAGCCACAUUACAUAGAAAUGUGUCCCCUGGAGCUCCUCAGAGGCCACCAAGCACUGGCAGUGCAGGUGGGAUGUUAAGCACGUCAGACCUCACGGUGCCAAAUGGAGCUGGAAGCAGCCCAGUUGGGAAUGGAUUCGUAAACUCAAGAGCUUCUCCAAAUUUGAUUGGAACUACUGGUGCAAAUAGUUUAGGCAAAGUUAUGCCUACAAAGUCUCCCCCUCCUCCAGGUGGCGGUAAUCUUGGAAUAAACAAUCGAAAGCCAGAUCUCCGCGUUGUCAUCCCUCCUUCAAGCAAGGGCAUGAUGCCUCCACUGUCGGAGGAAGAGGAAUUGGAGUUGAACACCCAAAGGAUAAGCAGUUCUCAAGCCACUCAACCUCUCGCUACCCCCGUGGUGUCCGUGACAACCCCGAGCUUGCCCCCGCAGGGGCUCGUGUACUCAGCCAUGCCGACUGCCUACAACACUGAUUACUCGCUGACGAGCGCGGACCUGUCGGCCCUGCAGGGCUUCAGCUCCCCGGGCAUGCUGUCGCUGGGCCAGGUGUCAGCCUGGCAGCAGCACCACUUAGGACAAGCCGCCCUCAGCUCCUUGGUUUCCGGAGGGCAGUUAUCUCAGGGUUCGAAUUUAUCCAUUAAUACCAACCAGAACAUCAACAUUAAGUCAGAACCGAUUUCACCUCCCCGGGAUCGAAUGACCCCCUCAGGCUUCCAGCAGCAGCAGCCGCAGUCCCAGCCCCCGCAGCCCCGGCAGGAAAUGGGGCGCUCCCCUGUGGACAGUCUGAGCAGCUCUAGCAGCUCCUAUGACGGCAGUGACCGGGAGGAUCCCCGGGGCGACUUCCACUCCCCGGUGGUGCUCGGCCGCCCCCCAGCCGCGGAGGACAGGGAGAGCCCUUCGGUCAAGCGCAUGCGGAUGGACGCGUGGGUGACCUAGGCCCCCUUCCUCCGGCUGGUGUCACGUACUGUGUGUGACUGCAGUGGACUGGCCUCCAUAUGUAACUGGUGGGUAAGGACAUGAGGUAAAUAUAUUUAUAUGUACAUACAUACAUACAUAGCCCUUUCACAUGUAUGUAUGUGGGUGUGAGUGUGUGUGUGCGUGUGUUGCAGACACAGAGCCAGGCACUUACCUGCGAACUCCUUGCACAGCCGCAGAUGUGCGUCCCGUGGCAGACCAGCACCUGGAGGCAGUCGAGCCUGGCACUUCCUUGGACUACUUGUUUCAUACGAUACCCAGUACCCCGUUUUUUGCCGAGAAAGGUGUCCUCAUAUAUAAUUCCCCCACACUAGCUUGCAGAAACUUAGAGGGCCCUACUUGUUUUAUUUAACUGUGCGGUGACUGUAGGACUUAAGAAAAAUGCUUUGUAGAACAGAGCAGUAGAAAAGCAGGAACCAAGAAAGCAAUACUGUACAUAAAAUGUCAUUUAUAUUAACUACCCAACCUGGCAUGGGUCUCUGUCGCAAAGGGGUGCAUGGUAAAGGGCUGUUGACAUUAAAAAAACGAAACAAAACAAAACAAAAAAAAACAAAGCCCCACACAUAAGUGUUUUGCACGUGCAAAAAUGUAUUGGGUCAAAGAAGUGAUCUUUAGCUAAUAAAAGAGAGAAUAGAAAACA